GCAUUUACAAUUGCUUAACAACAGUGUAUACGCCGUGUUGUUGAUUUUUUUUUUCAUUUUUCACUGCAAUAAUUUUGUCCUUUCAAGAUACCAUCCAACUUUGGUGAUAAGUUGUUAAUUAGCUAGAAUCAGUGCAAGAUCAAUUUUUAUGGAGGAUAAAGUGAAAAAUUAUCUAGAGUCCGGCAGUCUCCAUUUUUUUCGGAAGGUCUUUGCUGCUGAGAAGAGAAGGGUCAUUGGAAAGAGUGAGAAGAGGGCUAGUGAAGACAACAAAGCAGAUAAUAACAAUACUUCAAUGGGCAGGAUGAAUUACAAAAGGUACCACAGCAGUGGAGAGGCAUACCGUGGCACUAACUUCGGCAUGUACAUAAUCUAUUGUGUUCAACACCUUCCUCAAACUAAUGUGAACAAAUCUCUGAUCCGAUGGCUACUCAUGAACCCAGACUGUCUUCGAUCAGAUGACCUUCAAACUGCUGACCUGCUGCACAGAAAUGUUCUACACUAUUGCAUCAUUGCGGACAAGAUGCAGUUUUUUGAUAUUUUGAUGAGUCCAAUGAGCUCGGAGGAUUCUAUCACUGCGAGGGAUAAGUUCGGCCUUAGUACACUACACUAUGCAAUAAUGUUGGACAAUAUCAAAGCUGUUGAGACUAUAGUAAUCAAUUUAAAACAGCUAUCCAUAUCUCUGGACAGCGACUUAUUCUAUCUCAAGCCUAGUGGCAUCUCCCCUCUCAUGCUAGCCAGCAACCUCAAUCACCCCCACUCCAACAUGUCCGAAAUCAUAUCUCUGCUUAAGUCUGGGAGGAGUAAUGGAGGGAGUAGAAGGGACUCCUGGAAACACCUGGAUGCCGGUGGGUGGGAGAGGGCGGGGCAGAGAGGAGUGUAUUUGAACUGUGUUCUAUUCACGCCACAGUGUGACCAACAUGACUCAUUUCAAGUGCUUACGGGCAAAGUGAGGAAGCGACCUGCCUCGGCAAGAGACGUUAAAGUGCUGGACCCUCUUCUGAUCACGCUCUACGAGAAAGGAAGACUACAGUACCACGACAAACUACACCAACUGCAGCUGAAAAGACUGGAUAGAGCCAUCAAAGAAGACAAGCAGCCAGAGACAUAUCACGAAAUUCUGACCGAUUUGCAGUUUCGCGUUAUUUCUCGAGACAUAAAGCCAGAGCAGUCUGCCCAAAAGCAGAUGAUACAAAAUGGCGACUGUAUACCAUCAAGCAAAGAACGACAGAUGUGUUCAGCUAGGCUGACUCAUACCAACCAGUGCUUUCUGCCACCAGUUGGCUCUGGAUUUACAAGAUCGCAUACUGUGACGGACUUGAUGUCGGUGCGCUCCCAGCAGUUGACAUCUUCAUUCCGACGCAAAGCGAGGAUACCCAGUCCCCCACCCACACCCUCUCCUGAACCCUAUGUGUCAGUCACGAAUAAGCCCAGAAUCAUGCAGAGGAAGAUGAAUGCGAUUGCAGCUAUGGGAAUGGGAGGGAAGCUGAACUGGAGUGGCAGGAUGCCCACUCUAGGAAAGAAACUAAAUGUAUCAAUUGGCGGCACAGAGGAUAUCAACACCCCCAUCAGUCGGUCCAGGUCUCCAAUGGGGGGAACGAAGAGUCCCAAGUUACCCAAGUCUAAGAAUGGAGAACUGUCUUUGAACUCAAUGUUUGGAGAGCUGCUGCAACUACAGAAGAGAGAGCAACAGCAGCAGGAUAUGAGGAGUGAAGAGGGCUUCUCCAGCCAGACUUCACUCAACUCUUCAUUCAAUAUUGGUUUCACGCAAUACUGACAAAGAGAUCGAACACAGGGAAAA